AGCGGCUCACCGUUCCCCGCGACCCCAACGAUGUCGGCAGUGAUCUCAGAUAUCUCGACGCCCAUCCUGCCCAAGGACUAUGCUCCCCCCGCCGUGGAGUCCUCCAAAAUCAGCGCGCCCACCCAGCGGCGACUCGUCCCUGCGGGCCCGGCGUUCAUCAACUAUGCGCGGCUGAAGCUGCACCACAACUUUGACCUCGACACGCACGACAAGCACCUCGAGACGCAGAAGCAGAAGCUCCAGGAGCAGAACGCGGCGAACGGCAGUGGCGAGGACGAUCUUGGUGUCGGUGACGAGCCCGAGUCCGCGGAGCUGCUCUCCCUCGACCCCAAGGAGUGGAAGAAACACGACUACUACGCCGUCCUCGGUCUCUCACACCUCCGCAUCAACGCUACGCCCGAGCAGAUCAAGAUCGCGCACCGCAAGAAGGUCCUCAAGCACCACCCCGACAAGAAAGUCAGCUCCUCUACCCCGCAGGAGACCUCCUCCAUCUUCACCAACCUCAACACAAACGACGACGCGUUCUUCAAGUGCAUCCAGAAGGCGCACGAGGUCCUCACCAACCCCGAGAAGCGCCGGCAGUUCGACUCCGUCGACCCCACCGUCCUGGACGCGGAGGAGGACGACCCGAAGGAGAAGGACUUCGCGAAGAAGGGGCGCAAGCUCGACGACAAGGCGUUCUUCGACACCUUCGGCCCGAUCUUCGCGCGCGAGUCGCGGUUCUCGCGGAAACAGCCUGUCCCCCAGCUCGGUAACGCGGACUCGAGCAAGGAGGAGGUGGAGGGCUUCUACGACUUCUGGUACUCCUUCGACAGCUGGAGAAGCUUUGAGUGGUUGGACAAGGAGGUCAACGAGGGCAGCGACUCGCGUGACGACAAGCGGUAUACUGAGAAGAAGAACAAGACCGAGCGCGCGCGGAGAAAGAAGGAGGACACCGCGCGGCUGCGCGGUUUGGUCGAUCUUGCUUUAUCACUUGACCCUCGCAUCAAGCGCAUAAAGGAGGAGGAGAAGGCUGCCCGUGCUGCCAAGAAGGCCGGUCGCUCAGGGACCGCCACGCCAAACAACAAGAAGGCGGAGGAGGAGGCCGCGAAGAAGGCCGCAGAGGAGGAGGCUAAGCGGAAGGAGGAGGAAGAGAAGAAAGCGCGCGAGGAGGCGAAAAAGGCCAAGGCCAAGGCGGCCAACGAGGCCAAGAAGGCGCGGAGAGCCCAGCGGGCUGCGGCCGACGGUGCCGCUGCCUAGUUGGUUUGUACUUACCCUGUAGAUCUCCUUGUUUAUUUUGCAACAUGAUGGAGGGCAACCCACGACACUGCAUACCCCGUGGGCAGAUGAGCAC